UUAACCGAAAGCCAGAAACUUAGUUUUAUUCGGACUAUGCGCCUGUUUACCAUCUUCCGCGCACUGCUCGUGCGUGCACUUUUUGCAGCUCACGGUUUAAUUGCAAUAUGGCGAAUGUUUAUGGUUAUAGGUGAAUCUUGGUGUUGGUAUUUAACUGCAGCACUUGGGGCUCUUCUUCUGGAAACAGUUGUUACUUUGUGUGUCAAAAAAGGCAAAGAAUGGAAAUGGUUUUGUCCCAGUGUAUUUCUAUACUUGGCCAGUGUGGUUCCUGCUAUUUGGUUUUUGGAACUUCAUGAAAUGGAAACAAGGAUAGCAUUGCGUCAUGGCAGAAACGAAUCAGCGUUAGUUGCUAAUAACACUACCAUACAAGACCUGAGAAUGAAUAUAGAAGAAUUAGGGCUUGAAAUAAAUAUUCCACUGACAUUAUCAUCUGAUUUAUGGUUACGUGUCAUAGAACAGUUUCUGCUACUGAUGUUGAUUGUUGGACGAUGGAUGUUACCAAAAGGCCCUCUGUCACAUGAUCAGUUAUCGCAGUUAUUAUUGGUCUAUGUUGGUACAGCUGCUGAUAUUGUUGAAUUUUACGAAGCCUUUAGUGAAGAACAGGUGAAGUACAAUCGUUUUUUGUGUUACAUCAUUUUGGGAAUAUGGACAACAAGUUUACUUCAAUUUUCCCUUGUGUUAACAGCAACAAGGGCUAGGCGAGACCAAUCUGGGGUGCCAUCUGCAAACGUAGGUCGAGAGUCGGAGGGCACCGAAUGCUGUAACCCGGAAAUAUACGGGAUUGUAAUAUCAAUCUUAUUGCAGGACCUACCUUUUCUAGUAAUCAGGAUGCUCUUAAUAUUCAGAUACAAAGUUGUCAGUUACACCAAUAUGUUCUUUACUUCUAAAAACACCUUAGUGAUAGUACUACUUAUUUAUCGUCUGGUUGUCAUAGAGACAGCGGCUAACAAGGUUUCUGGUAAAUCUCAUCAAAAGUCGCGGGUGCGGGAUGCUAGGAAUGAACUCGGGAAUGUUAAUCUGAUAUCCCCUGGAAAGACACCGUCACUUAUGGACGAUAAAAAUGGAGGACCUUGGCGGCGACAAAACACGAAGGUCUGAGUUGAUCCUGUAGCAAAAUGGUUUUGACCACAAUAUUAAAAAUUAACUGAUCAUGUGUUAAUAACUCAAUUUUGAGAUCCAGAUUUUGUGUCCUGGUGUAACAGUCUUUUAAACUGGAUUAUAUUUUGAUAGAAUAAAUAUUAUUGUGCGUAUUUAUACAUACAUAAGCAUAUUUGAACUAACAUGCAUCAGCUGUUAUCUAACCCGUUUUUAACUACAGUCAUAAAAUGUUAAACGCUGAAGAGUUUUCACCUAAACUAAACCCAGAUAAAAGUCAAUCAAUCCAACACUUUUAUGUUUUAUAUACUAUUCAAAAAAAGUAGGGGAUAUUUGAUUUUGGGGGCAUAAUACUAAAAUAUGCAAAUGACUACGAAAAAAGUCACUAUAGAACCUAACAGAAGAAACAUUUCCAGUUACAUGUGACGCCCAAACGCACCAAUAGCUACCGCAUGGAAUGCAGGUGAUGCUUGGGAUCAUCAUGGGGGUCCAACCCAAGAUUUGCACGACUCUGACUUUGAAUGUUACAGUCAUUGUGGCAUUGAAUUCCAGGGUGGAAACAUCAGUUUAAUU